UACACGAAGAUCACACCUUUACCCGCCAACAUACCACGCCAGCUCGCCCUCGAGCUACUGCACAGCCAUGAGGAGGUCAUACAAUUGAACCCAUUGGUGACGGGUGUGCGCAGUAUCGAGGCGCCACGGAACGCCUCGACUGAUGAAUACUACAGCAGCUGGUACGAGAUCUCGCAGAUCAUCACCUGGGGUCUUGGUAUCAAGUCCAAAUACUCCUUCAAAGGCGUCUUCCACGACCAACCAUGGGGACUGCAGACGCACGUCUAUGCGCCACUUGGCGUUGAUAUGCGCAACAAAUACCGCAUCGGCGGCAACCAGCCCGGUGAGCCGCGUGAGGCCCGCGAGCUAGGUGUGGACACUCCAGUGGACGGACUAUACCUGCGCGAGGAUGUGGAGAUCACAUGUAACGUUGCCAUGAUGGGUAUUGUCAAGAAAGAGGCGAAAGAGGCUACGGGUAUCAUGAUCAACCGUCUGACGCGGAAGGCCGAGUUGCUUGACGAAGGAAAACUCCUUGCCAUGUUUGAGCACGGCAAGUUAAAAACAUCCAAGCCA